AUGGCGGCAUCCCAGUCACCCGGAUCGAUCAUGAGGCACGCAUUUCAUAGGUUGAAAGACUCUGUGACUCCCGCCGACAGUCUCCUGUUUCAGAAGACAGAGCUCAAGGAUGUCUGGGAUGCUGCGGAGGAAAUUCAGAAAUCUCAGCGCCAACGCAAGUCUUUACAGGCACUCAGUCGAAUCAAACCGCUGCUGGACAACCUGCAAAGGUACUCAAGGGUCAUUGAAGUCCUUUGUAAUGGAACGCCUUAUCUGCCAUGGAUCUGGUUGGCGAGCAACUACAGCAACAUCUUUGACAAACUGCUCGACGGUUAUUCACAGAUUGCAUCGUCAAUGCCACAUUUUGACAGGCUACAAAGCGCCUGCUCUGACGAUGAAAACUUCAUGGUCAUCAUGGCCCUGGUGUACUCGGACAUCCUUGAAUUUCAUCAGCGCGCAUACAAAUUCUUUCGGCGGAAAGCAUGGCAUAUUAUUUUCGACUCGUCCUGGAAAUCAUUUGAGGGCCGCUUUGGCGGCAUCCUUGCGAACUUGUCCAAGCACAAAGACAUGCUGAUGAAGGAGGCUAUAGCCAUCGACAUCGUGGAAGCCCGGAAGUGGAGGGCACACGCGGCUGAGGAGCUCGAUAAGAAUGAAAAGGAACGCGACCAGGUCUAUAUCAACGACACCUUGGCCUGGCUGAAUGUCCAACAAGGGAACCAGGAUGACGAACUUUACCGAUUGCUCGCCAGGAGACAGUCGGGGACAUGUGAUUGGAUCUUUAAACAUCCUAAGUUCAUCAGCUGGAAGGACGAUGCCCAUGCUGACCGGGUCCUCUGGGUGAACGGCAUCCCUGGAGCAGGCAAGACUAUUUUGUGUUCCUACAUUAUCGACACGCUUCAGCGUGAGUCCACCAGGACGAUUGCAUACAUAAUUUGCAACAGUUAUACCCAAGGUAAGGAUAUCGUGUCCGGGAACCUACGAGGUUUAGCUGCCCAGUUACUACGGGCGAAUCGAGACCUGGUGCCGUACGCAUUUGACACUUUUGCCAAUAAAGCGUUGCCGCCGUCAGUCACCCACGUCAAAAGGUUGAUUUCCGAUCUCCUGGACAUGAUCCAAGAGACUUUCAUCUUCAUCGACGGCUUAGACGAAUAUUCCAUGCCUCAGCAAAGGUCCAUGCUGAACGAGAUCUUAUCGUUUGCCAAAGUCACCGGAGGGAAGUGCAAGAUUACCAUCUCCUCACGAGACGUCCCGGCCAUUGCUAGCAAAAUGAAGAACAGACCGUUGAUAUCAUUGAGGGAUGAACACUCUGGGGUCGAAGAAGAUAUACAGAACUUUUUGAGCGAAGCGCUUCAAGAGCUGAGCGCGAGGUUCGAGGGAAAAGAAAGGGACAUGAAAGAUAUCCUGGAUCUGGUCACAUUGAAAGCCGACGGUAUGUUUCUCUGGGUCCGCCUGAUCCUUGAGGAGCUCUACAGGUGCUACAGUCUGGCAGAGCUCAGGAAAACGGCCGAGGAACUGCCCAAAGGCAUCGAGGAGGCGUAUGGUCGGUUCCUGCAACGUGUCACCAAAGAAAUGGAUCACAAAGAGUAUGUAAAGGUCAUCCGCAUCCUAGAGUGGCUCGCCUGCUCCUGUCGGCUCAUGAAGAUGCGCGAGGUGCAGGACGGGAUCGUCUUCCACGCCGACAAUAUGGUGCUAGACGAUGAAACGAAGCUUUCUCCCGCCGUGAUGAAUCUCUGCAAACCGCUCAUCGAAGAGGGCCCAAACAAGACGGUUGACUUUGUACAUUACUCAGCCAAAGAAUUUAUCCUCGACAAGGUUAGUGGGCCGUUACUGCAAGAGUCCCAGGCGCAUUACAAUAUUGCUUUCUCGUGUAUCACGUACCUGAAUACGGCCAUCUACUUUCUCGCGCCCGGUCCAUUCGAGGAUCUUGCGAAAGUAAGAGUUGCCAAAGGCUUCCAUGGCUUGCACAACUAUGCGAACGAGUAUUGGUUCCAACACAUACUCCAAUGUGCCCGAGAUCUGAUCAAUUUGGACUCAAGCGGCAUCAUGGUCUCAGCUUUACGCACGCUUCAGGAACGAUAUUGGAAAGGCAAGCCAGGUCAUGCAGCCCAGAGUCUCAAAUUAGAUGACACUACGACCGCGAAUGAGAUAUGCAAGGAGCUCGCUGUGCUCGGCGACCUCGACCAUGUCCGACAGAUGGGAACCGACGUGCAAACAUUUCGCGCACAUUUGGUCCAAGAGAGGCACGCGCAUAAAGUCGCAGAAAAGCAUCACGCCUACGAGCUGGAGCACGACCCUACGCUUUUCAGCCAGAUCAGCCACCGCUACCAAGAGGUGGUCCUCUUCCUUCUGACUUGCAAGCUUGACGGCGUGCCGCCGAGGAUUGACCAGGAAACACUCGCCACGUUCAGAAAAGAGUAUGGAGAAUCCGAGUUUACCUGUCGCUUCCAUGAAUGCCCUUUCCACUCAGAUGGCUUUCACACGAUCCAGGCCCGUAACAACCACGAACUGGGCCAUUUCAAGAAGCUUCGAUGUGCCGACCCGACCUGCGAGUUCUUCGCCCGAGGCUUCGCCAGUAGAACGGGGUUACUGAAGCACAAUCGCAAAUACCAUCCUAGUCCAGAUGAAGUACAGCUGCCGGAAUUUGUGCCUAUCAGACCUCAGACCCCCCCGCCACCUCCUCCCGCGCCACCACCCCUACCGGCCCCGAACGUGUCUCCUGCCCCUAGCCCUACACCUCCAUCUGUUGAGCCACCUCCAAGUCCGAUUCUAGAAUCAGCGCCAGUCAAGAAAGUGCGGCAGAAAAGAGGUAAACGAGGGCUUCCUGUCCAUAACUGUGAGUUUUGUGGCAAGGUAUUCAUGAGAGCAGAGGCUCUGAGGUAUGUCUAUCCGUCCGUGGACGUGUUCUAUAAAAACUCACAUCGGAUGUCAUCAAGACGCCACCAACUCAACCAUGUACCUCCUGGAUUCCGUUGUCCGCACGAGCAUUGCAGCAGGGAGUUUCACAGGGAAGAUCUGUACGAACGGCAUCUCAACAAACAGUAA